UUUGCAGCAUUGCCAAAAGAAAUAGUAAAGUAAGUGGAAUCAAGAAAACACUGGUAAGGAAUGGUCUUAUCCGGUGUCUGAGACAUGGCACUGUUUUCUCUGCAAAACAACCUUUUUCCAUUGCUAAUGUUAAAUAGUAGUUUCUCAACCAAGACCCUCCCCUCUGUCACUACUCGUCGAGCCACCGUCUUUGGUUCCACCCUCCUUUUUCUCAAUUUGUCCAAUCUCAAUUCAACACCCCUUGCACUUCCACAGCUUCUGCUAGAUGACGAGCUUCAGCAACAAGAAGACCGUGUUGUGCAACUGUUUCAGGAUACUUCACUGUCGGUUGUUUUCAUUAAAGACAUUGAAUUGGCUAAAGUUCCCAAGGCUUUUUCCAAGGGAGCCGUGGUGAAUGAGGACGAAGAUGAAAAAGUUGAAGGCACUGGCUCGGGCUUCAUCUGGGAUAAAUUUGGUCACAUAGUUACCAAUUACCAUGUUGUUUCUAAAAUGGCUACUGAUACCAGUGGUUUACAACGUUGUAAGGUAUUCCUAGUUGAUACCAAAGGGAAUAGCUUUUACAGGGAAGGCAAGAUAAUUGGUUUUGAUCCAGCGUACGACCUAGCUGUUCUGAAGGUUGAUGUUGAUGGAUACGAAAUAAAGCCAGCUAAUCUAGGUCAGUCUAACAAUUUACGUGUUGGCCAAAGUUGCUUUGCCAUUGGGAAUCCUUAUGGAUAUGAGAACACUCUCACUACAGGGGUGGUCAGUGGUUUAGGCCGCGAGAUACCUUCACCAAAUGGAGGGGCCAUCAGAGGAGCUAUUCAAACUGACGCAGCAAUUAAUGCUGGAAAUUCAGGGGGACCAUUGAUCAACUCGUAUGGCCAUGUUAUUGGAGUAAACACAGCUACCUUCACUAAGAAAGGGACUGGAAUGUCGUCAGGUGUUAACUUUGCAAUUCCCAUUGACACAGUCGUCAAAACUGUUCCAUACCUUAUUGUCUACGGAACACCUUAUAGUAAUAGGUUUUGAUUGUUCAUGUAACAUUCUAUAAAACCUGAACUUUGAAUAUCAUUUUUACAUUCAGUGAAAUACCAUGUCUGUUCUAAAGCUAAACAAGUAUCCUCUCUUCUAAA